AUGCUAGCGAUCCUCAUCGCUCUACUGCAACAAACGUCAACUCGAUUUCUCCGACCAUCAACACCGAUACAGAUCCUACGAGUCAACGCCGCGAACAACUUCCAGACCCUGAGGGCAAAAGUCCCCCUCUGGAUUGGCGGCACAGGACUGUCUCAGACGGCAUUGCCAGGCACUGUUUCGCACGCACCGACGUUUUCGAGAUACAUCUCCUCGAUCCCGACAAACCCGACCACAACCAGCAUGGCUUCGCAAGAGUGUGGCAUUGGUCCCGAACAGUGCACGCCGGGACAGAAAGCCGGGGUUCAAGCGGAUCUGUCACCGGCGUCGAACAAUAAAAAUGCAGAUACAGACGCAAAAACAGAUGCAGCCGCAGCUGAACCAGAGCCAGAGCUACCGAAACUGUCUGCCCAGGAUUUCCGCGAGUAUAAUCGCCUGGCUGUCAUGAUGAAUGCCUAUGACUUUCCCCCCACAGUCUGUUUUGUUCCCAAGCAACUUGUUCCUUGGAACGGAGGACUGUCCAAUCCCCCAGCACAUCCCUUCUCCCGAAAACAACGUCCGACUAACAAACACGCCCAGCACAACCAUUUCCGGUACACGUGGAAUCUCCUGUACAAGGCGUGCACGUCGGGGUCGCGACCCGCGGGCAUGUCCAUCCGCAGCUUCAUCUCGCAGGGCCUGCACCUGUGCCACUCGCUGACGAUCCACCACACGAUCGAGGAGCAACACGUCUUCCCCGAACUGGCCGAGCGCAUGCCCGCGUUCGGCGCCCACGACCACCUCAUCACCCAGCACGGACAGAUCCACGAAGGGCUCGACAAGUUGGAGGCGUACCUCGACGCGUGCCGGGGCGGGGAGAAGGAGCUGCGCCUGUCCGAGUUGAAGGAGAUCAUGGACUCUUUUGGAGGUGUGUUGUGGGCCCACUUGGACGACGAGGUGAGGAUGCUGGGCGCGGAGAAUAUGCGCCGGUUCUGGACCAAGGAGGAGAUUAUGGCCAUGCAGUGGUAA